AUGGCCCACCAAACUCAUCGUCGACUCUUGAUAGCUGCCGCCGUCUUCUUCCUCAUCACCAGCUCCUACCUCUGCGCCACGCGCCUCUACAACGCAUCCUUCGUCCGCGGCGCCAAGGACGACAAGGCAAAGGCCUCUCCCUCCCCGCCAAAGCCCGUCCACGUCCACCUCACCGACGCCGACCUGUCCAUGACGUACGGCUCGUUCCGCCGCCCCGGCAUGGACGGCCUCACGCUCGUGGCGAAUCUACCCUCGGAGCUCGUGCCGACGUUUGAGAACAAGCGCCGGCUCGUCAUUGUCGGCGACAUCCACGGCAUGGACGCCGUGCUGGAGAAGCUGCUGAACAAGGUCGGCUUCGACGGCGCCCGGGACCACCUCAUCGCCGCGGGCGACAUGAUCAACAAGGGCCCGGACUCGCCCGGCGUCGUAUCGCGCCUGAUGCGCCUCAACGCCAGCGCCGUGCGCGGCAACCACGAGGACCGCAUCCUGCUGUCGCUGGCCGAGGCCGAGUCCCAGACCGGCGUCAGCAAGGGCCUGUCGUCCGCCGACGCCGAAUCCCACCGCGGCGAGGCCGAGUUCCUUGCCACGGGCCGCAAGCUGAGCAAGGAGCACGUCCGGUGGCUGGCCGAGCUCCCCAUCAUCCUCGCCGUCGAGCCGCUGCGCAUGUACGUCGCCCACGCCGGCCUCGUCCCGGGCGUGCGGCCGGAGCUGCAGGAUCCCUGGGCCGUCAUGAACAUGCGCACCCUCAUCUACCCCCGCGAAGAUAUGCGCAAGAAGGACCUGAAGAAGAAAUCCGAGACGAAGCGCGACUCCUCAGCUAACGACAACAACAACAACGACAGCACCUCGGACGAAGCACCCCAAUCACCUCCUCCCACCGACAACAACAACAACAACAACAGCAACAACAACACCGAAUCGGAAAAAGAAGCAGAAGAAGAAGAACAAGGCGAGACGCUCGAGUCGAUUGCCCAAAAGGACGCCUACACGGACCGCGAAGUCGCCAUCCCCGUCGAAGGCCGCGACGGCGAGAAGUGGGCCAACGCAUGGAACCGCUUCCAGAAGCGCCUCAAGAAGUCGCACCGCUACACCGUCGUCUACGGCCACGACGCCAAGCGCGGGUUCCGCCAGGAGCGCUACACGUUUGGCCUCGACUCGGGCUGCGUCCGGGGCGGCGCCCUGACGGCGCUCCUGGUCGAGGGCAAGGAGGGCGGCAAGGGCGGGUUUACGCAUACCGUGAUGCAGGUCAACUGCGAGUGA